CAUGAACUCAGGAUCUGAGACAUACCUCGGGCAAGAGAUGCCUGCCGCCUUCCGGCUCCAGUCCGAGCGAGCCAAACCUUCCCUAGCCAAAUCUGAAGACGCAAUGGCUCGACCAGGACGCAUGCUGUUGGUGGCUGCGGCCGCGCUCCUGGGCCUGCGGUACUGCUUCUUGGCCAGCCCGGAGAACCUGCCCAAGGCCAAGCCUGGCAUCGACUUCAACCCCGCAAUCGCCGCCUCCGCCGCGCUGCCGGCGCUGACGAUGCUGGCGGAGGACGCGGAGGCGAAGUACGGGGACAACCGGAAGUGGUCCGCGGUGCUGGUGCCGCUGACGACUUUGGUCUUCCCGGCCGUGGCCAUGGGCUCCUUCGUCCUGUACUCCUUCCAGGAGGAUGCCUUCUGGCGCCUAGUGCCUGGCACCAAGCGUGCGGCCGAGGCGGAGAAGGCCUGGCGGGAGCACCCGCUCUUCAAGGACUCCAAGGACCCGAUGUUCGGCCUGCUGAACCCUGACGAUUACGAGAAGGGCCUGGAAGAGGCUUGGGAGCGCGCCAAGCCGGCGGGCAGCACCGUCACUGUGAAGGACAAGCUGAAGCAGCUCUCCAAGCAAGACUCCCCUCACUGGGAGUCCUGGAGGAGCCUCUCUGCCUGAGGGCGACGGUCGUGAAGCGUUUCUGAAGUACGUCCCGACUUGAGCAGGCAAAGACGGCCAAAGGCCUGGCACGUCGCCAGCACAUUGGCUAGUGAGGUUGAGGUUGUUGGCA